UUGGGGUGCCUAGAGGUGCAAGGCGACCAGAAAACCGGUUCUGUCGAGAGAUUCUUUGUUUGGUUAUCGCAAUGUCGGAACGUCGCGACUCGAAACGGACACCUUGUCUCUAAACUAACGGCACGUUUAUCAAUUUCAGAGGCAGGGAAGUUCGAAUGCGUGUGCACCGAGGAAGAGGCAGCUGAGGGCCGGCCGGGCCAGAUGGCGGACGUAGCGGUGCGAGCACUGCUCUUCACCGCGUUACUGGCCACCCUCGCUGACGCUGGUGCGGCACGCUUUGGAGAUCGCCUAGCACCACGUGUUCCUGUUCCCUACGCACCACGCAACAUUCCCGCUGAGUUACAUUAUUUAGAGAAUGAAAACAAUAGGGUGAUAGAUCAGAAUUAUGAUGAAAACGUCAAUGAGGAACGAGUCGAGCCACAGAAAGACAUUGUACCCCCACCGCGACGACCUACCCGUACGGAGGCACAUCGCCUAGAAAUGAGCACAGAAUAUUUUGUCAUACCUCAUAGGAAGUCAUCGGUACCAGCGGUUUCUACUUCAAGAGUUGUCGUCGUAUCCACAUCGCGUCCGGCAAAUACAACCGCCUCAGUAAUAAUAGCACCACACAAUGUGCAGAUAUUAAGAGCGCAACCAUGGGCCGUACCAAUAUUGGCAUUAGCGUGUGUGAGCAUGGCGAUUAUUGGAGGUUUCGAAGCAUUUAUAGUGUGGGGUGCAAGUCGGAAAGCGCCAAGUCAACGUCAUCUACUUCUGGGACAAUGUUUACUGUUUGGACUUUUUACUUGUGCAGCAACAGCAGCACUUUUUACCGCAGCGCCAACUGCUUUUACAUGUGGUGCCGUACGAUUUGGAACAGGCGUAGCCUAUGUGAUCGUUUUUGCAUCUUUAUUAGUGAAAUGUGUAUUUUUAUUAAGCUUAAACGGUGGAGUGUACUUACCAGCAGCAUACCAAGGACUUUUGUUAUUCUUUGCCGUAAUGAUUCAAGUUGCAAUAGGAGCACAGUGGUUAGGAGGGUCUCCACCCAAAGUGGCCAACGGGGCCAUGAAAUGUGAUUCGCCACUGUCUGAUCUAUUACUUUCAUUAUGCUAUGCCGCAUUUCUGAUUGCUGUGGUUUGUGGUGUGGCGUUAAGAUCACGAGGAAUUCGCGAUAAUUAUAGGGAAGCAACUCACAUAGCUGGUGCUGGAGGUGCCACUGCAGCUGUGUGGAUCUGUUGGAUAGCGGCUGCAUUAGGGGCACCGGAACAGCAUCGUGAAGCAUGUGUAGGAGCGGGCCUGAUAAGCACAUGUGUAGUCGUAUUCGCUUUAAUGUUUGCACCGAAAGGCAGACGAUUAGCCGCACUAGGCCGCGAAGGAAGGUGGGAUGCCGAUAGAGAGGAAGGACUCAGUUCCAUAGGCGCUGGUGGUUCUGGCUACUCGCCGUCCUUUUUCCACUUCAAACCAGUUAAAUACGGAAUGGUGUCUGCCGCUGCCCCGGUUCCAGCGCCAGCGCCUAUGAUAGACCGCAAGGAGCACCAAGCUCAGCCAGCCGAUUAUUAUGGUGCUCUGUACGCCGGUUCGCACCCGCACUCACGUUCACUGUGUCCACCGCCACACUACCCUCUGCACCCUCUAACGCACUACCACUACAAUUACCCGCACUAUAAUUAUCUCCUGCCACCAGGCGUCAUGAUGCGUCCGGAGGAGGGGAACGUGUACACGAGCGUGGAGCCCACCUUCAGCAGCAAUCCAAACGUAUACUUCCAACGACAGGAACCAUUGCACGUCGGCAUGAUGUACUGA